AUGACUGACGCUCCAAACCCACUCGGUCCGCAGCCGAAUUUAGUGAAUCUCUCUCAGGGUCUUCGAACUGCUGCAGAUGAAGCCGAGAAACUUCAAAAUCUUCCUGCCUUCAGAGAUGGCGAUGCAAUCGUAGCUGCGAUUCAAGACCUUCACCAACAAUUCCAGAUCCAAUUCCAGAACCUUAACAAUCAAUUCCAGAACCUCAAUAAUCAAUUCCAGGUCUUCAGUCAACAACUUCGGACUCAGUUGCAGGCAAGCGAACUUAACAAUAUGGCUCGAAUUCAGAAUUCGCACUCUGCCACCCAAUUGUCUCCUCUCACGCCACUGGUCAAUAACUUGACUGCUGCUCAAGUUCCUAGUUUCCCCGCUACGUCAAGACAAAUUGCUCGGAUGGAGGGGCCCGAAUUGGAUGCCGUCAUACAAGACUUGGGUGUAGGACCUGCUGCAGAAAGUGUGGCUUCAAAGAGAAGGCAGUUGAGAGGAUUAGUUGGUCUGGAAGCACAACCUGAAACCCCAUAA